AAAGCUUUGGCCGAAGCCCUCGCUCUUUGCAGACUUAUGCUACUUCGUCCCAAACUCAAGCCCGCUAGGUUUGGGCACAGAAGGACAGUUGUACACGGGACAGAACGACAAGAUAAGUGAACUGGAAGGAAGGGAGAUACGAGUGGAGGGACAGAGACCAGAGGGGGCCUGGGCUGUCCGCAUGUCCGCAUGGGACGGGCUGCCGGCCGCGGCGCGGUGCCCGGAGACCCGGUGGGGGGGGCGGCAGUCUGCCCUCGCCCCAGGCUGCACGGUGGGAAGGGGAAGGAUAAUGUAACAAUUCCGGUGUUAUUUUAGCUCCAGGGGUACAAUAUAGUGAUUCACUAAACCCCCAAUUUCUAACACAAUGCCCGCCACACAGUAGGUGCUCAGCAUACCGUUUUCGGAGGGAAAAAGCAGCGCGUAAAGGGAAGUAUCGGUCGGAUUCCUCAGACGUUAAGAGGUUUGAGGAAUGGGCUCGUGCAGCUGUGGGGACUGGCAAGCCCCAAAUCUGUAGAGGAGGCCAGCGGGCUGGAAACUCAGGCAGCCGUGUGGGAGAGCAGCGAGGCAGGGUUCCUUCCUCCCUGGAAAACCUGGGCUCCUGAGGUUUCCUGCUCCUGAGGCCCUCGGCUGCUUAGAUGAGGCCUACCCACAUCAAAUCAACCGAUUGUAGAUGCCAGACCCUUUGCAAGAUAUUUUCACAGCCAUAUCUGCACCAGUGUUCGACCAAACACCUGGGCACCGGAGCUCAGCUCCACUGACCCGUCAACGGAACCACCCCAGCUGCAUCAACCCAAGGAGAGGACAACGGCCAGGCAAGACUGGAUGGUAGAAGGCGAGUGGGAAAGCCAUGAGAAGCCCACUUCCCCACACGGUGAACGGCAGAGUGGUGACGACACCCCUCCCCCCCCCAGAAGAUCACUGGUUACCCUCCUGCAGUGCACCUAGGCCCUCUGCUGGGUGCCGGGGAGCUACAGCACGCCCACGUCACCCUAAAGUGAGCCCAACAGCACGAGCAGCCAAGCGCACAGAGCCAGGUAAGCGCUGUGAUGGAGGCGCGGCCGCAGGGAAGCCUAGAGGGCGGAGAUGAGCUCACUGGGGUGACAGGACGCUUGAGGGAGCAGGCCCCUGCAGACACAGGAGGGGUCGGUGCGUCCCAGCCGAGGCAGGACCUGUGCACAGGCCUGGAGCACGGAGGGCUGAGCCUGGCAGAGCAGAGAGGGCUGGGAGCGGGGCACAGCCUCUGACCUCACAAUACCCAGGGCCCACUGGGCCGGCCUUGCCUCUGGCAGACCCUGGUGCCCUCCUCCCGCCCGGGCGAGGCCUGGGGCCCCGGGCAGUCUCCAGGUGCCGAGCCCCCGACCCGGGCUGCGCCCGUCCCGUUGCCCCGGGGCAUGUCUCUACUCGCCAAUUAUGAGGGGCUCCGGCAUCAGAUCGAGAGGCUGGUGAGGGAGAACGAGGAGCUAAAGAAGCUGGUGCGGCUCGUUCGGGAGAAUCACGAGCUCAAGUCGGCGAUCAAGACGCAGGCGGGCGGCCUGGGCAGCAGCGGCUUCGGCGCCGGGUUCGGCCAGAUGGCGGCCACUCCUCAACACCAGGGAAACUGUGUCUUCCUGCCCCCGUCCCCGGCAGCAGCACACGAGCCCGUCCUGGAAGAAGUGGGCGUUGUGGCUCUGGCACCCCUGGCCGACAUGCUAAACAGCCCGCAGCCUAGCCCCACGGCAGGCCCCAUCGUGAGCCCCCUGACGGGCCCCCUCAGCACCUUGCUGCCCGGUCCAGGGCCCGUGUCACAGAGCGGCCUGUUCUCCAGCAUCCUGACCGGCCCCCUGACUCUGAGCAGCCCCCUGGCCAGGCCCCUGGCAGUGGCCCCAGGAGGCACACUGGGCAGCUCCAUGGGCACGGUCUCCACCGGCCCUCUGAUUCCGAGCAGCACCCUGGCCGGCCUCAUGGCAGUGUCCCCAAGAGGCACACUGGGAAGCUCCAUGGGCCUGCCCUCCACCGGCCCCCUGACCCCGAGCAGCCCCCUGAUGGCACCUACGACAGGCACAGUGGCCAUCUCUCUGAGCAGCCCUCUGCUCACCUCCACAGCUGCCCCUCUAGGUGUUUCUCAGAACCUUGUGGCCAACCCCGUGAGCAAUCUGGUGCUGCCGGAGGCCCAGAGGGUGCGGCUGACAGAGCCGUUCCGAGGAUGCCCAUCUGGACCCCAUCCCUCCGCUGGAGCAGGGCCUGCUGGCACCACCAAAGUCCCAAUGUCCACUGAGCACCCACAGCCGACCCAGGACCUGGAGCCUCUCGGCGUGACAUUUGUGGGCGUGCCCUUGCACACCUCUACCCCCAUGGAGACCAAGGGCGCAGCUGGCCCCGGGAUGGCCUUCUCCUUCAGCACCUCGGACGCCCGGGCCCGGCCCGGUGCCCCCCAGGGACAAGCAGUUCCUGCCCCUGCCCCCGUCGCCCCUGCUGCUGCCCCCCAAGCUACCACCGACUACGCCUCCCCCGGCACCACCCACGUUGCCCAGUGCCCACCCCCGUCCCCCACCCGGGCACACCACCCCCCCACCCAGCCCUCAUCCACCCCGCACUCCCCUCCUCGAAAUCCCCAUUCCCCACCUCGAACCUCGUCCUCCCCGGCUUCAGUCCACGACCCCCGGGGUCCACGCGGCACAGAAACAUCUCAGAAAAGCAUGGUGGAGUUGGAACGGAAGCUAGCCCACAGGAAGAUCAGCAAGUUUCCGGACAGCCCCCGAGAGUCGAGGCAGCUGGCCUGGGAGCGGCUGGUGGGGGAGAUCGCCUUCCAGCUGGACCGCAGGAUCCUGUCCAGUAUCUUCCCCGAGCGCGUGCGCCUGUACGGCUUCACCGUCUCCAACAUCCCAGAGAAGAUCAUCCAGGCCUCCCUGAACCCCAGCGACCACAAGCUGGAUGAAGAGCUGUGCCAGACACUCACGCAGCGCUACGUAAGCAUCAUGAACCGGCUGCAGAGCCUGGGCUACGACGGGCGGGUGCACCCGGCGCUCACCGAGCAGCUGGUGAACGCCUACGGGAUCCUGCGUGAGAGGCCAGAGCUGGCCGCAUCCGAGGGCGGCUCCUACACCGUGGACUUCCUGCAGCGCGUGCUGGUGGAGACCGUGCACCCCAGCAUGCUCACCGACGCCCUGCUGCUGCUCUCCUGCCUCAGCCAGCUGGCGCAUGACGAUGGCAAGCCUAUGUUCAUCUGGUGAUGCCGGCUCCUGCCAGCCAGGCCCGCUCUGCCCCGCUCCUCGGUGCCAGGCCAUUAAAGCUUCCCACACACGCUA